AUGCCUACAAGCAUUGACGCCACGUUUCCGCCACAGGCAGCUGUUCGACACCAUUCUGUGAGCGAUCAAAGUCAACUCGACAGCACAACCCAGACAUCAUUACCUGAAGGUUACUUAGGCCCGAUAAGCGCUUCUGCACCAGCAGUACCAACGAUCAGGCCAUAUGAAGGUGGUAGUGGACCGGUAGGAAUUCUUUUGCGAGUUCGCUCGUCCAAACUGCCGGCUGGAUCCCGUCUGCUCAAGUCGGACGAAAUCUUGUCUAUUCCUCCAUCACGACUUCCUCUUGUGAUGGAGCACGAUGAGCAAGCAUACAUGAACGGGAGAGGAGGAAGUUCUUCCAACUCUGACGAAGAAUCUCAUUCACUUCCUUCACAUCAGCCCUAUCCUUAUGGAGUAUCCUUACAACAACAUUUCGACGAGUCGGACGGCUCGACUAUCUACACCCCAACGUCCAGUCUCUCCUACUCAAUCCCCAGUGGUGGCUCUGCCUUGAGCUCCUGGAACUCGUACAGUCAAGGCCGACCUCGUGUUGGCAGCGGCAGCGGCUCAACCACCAUGGAAAGACCUGCAAUCAUGCCUGAACAACCACAUCCAAAUGAUUUCCGCUCCUCUCGACCCACACCCCUACGAGCCAUAUCCAGCACAUACAAUCCACCUCGAAGACCUAGCCAAUUGAACAGUACCACCAAACGCCCGGGCUCGACAAUGAAUGCGCGAUCGAGGCAGAGAGACCCGAAUGCUCAGUACCGCGCUCAAGAGAAGGCAUAUAUAAACACCGUCAAGCGUCUGCCUGCUGACUGGCCUGAUGGCGGUGGUGAGCUGAGAAUGCCUGCAGAAUGGGAUACUGCGACCGAAGAUGGCACCGACGACGAAUCUCCGCGUACCGAGUUUCCUGUCGACGAUCCCUACGAUGAGACCAAAAUGUUUAAUGAGAACGACGAGAGCCCGACUGAGGAAGACCUACGCGACCCUGCUUGUCGAGAGCGUCUAGAGUGGCAUUCGAUGCUCGCUUCUGUGCUUCAGGGUGAUGUCGUAAGACAAGAGAAGCAAAGGCUCAUCGGCACUACUGAGCAGAAAAGUCUUGCAGAGAUCCGUGAAGAGAUCUGGGUUGGUGCUCGAGCGAAAUACUAUGGCCGUCCACUACAUAUGCAGAAGAAAAUGAUCGAGGAAGCACGUUCCCGUUUGGGUCCCGUGGUCGAAAGCAUUAUCGAUUUCGAGAUCAAAGGUGAAACUGUUGUCGGCAAGUCACCUUUUGAGCAAGUCGAGGAGAUCGUCUCCAAAAUCGAAACCUGUUGCUGGCUCUACCCAAGCUGGCCUCAAUUCGAGCAGAAACAAUCACGAGCUGCCUCAGAUGCUUUCAAGGCUAGCUGUAGCGCUGUCAUCUCCUGGCACAAUGUCACCCAAACCAUCAACACCGAACUCGGCAUUUUGCAAUCAUGGGUCGGCAACCAGGAGCUCGACUUCACUAAACAACGUUCCAAGGCCGGAUGCAGUGAGCUCACCGACAAUUCUUCCUUCAUCGAUAGAAUUCUCAAAGAAGAUGGUCUCAAGUCUCUACAAGGCGAGCAAAGCAUGUUCAAUGGUAUCGGCAAAGUCAUUAUGAAAGCUAAAAGCACUCUCAUCGAGAAUGCUGCCGCGUUCCACGAUCGCCAUCUGCCACCAUAUAUCGAGGAACUUCUUACUCUCAUCAAUUUUCCAUCCAGGCUGAUUCAAGAAAUUAUCAGAGUAAGACUUUCUUACGCCAGGAAUAUGAGAGAGCCGGCCCAGCAGUCACCCCUUAUUAUUGACCAGAUGAUCUCUCAAUUCCAGAUCUUGAUGAAACUUGCUUGCAUCAUCAAGCAGGAGUAUGUUACUAUAUCCCACCCAGAACCAGGAUGGGAUCUACCGCCUUGCAUCGAUGAAAACUUCGAUGCUACCAUCGUCGAGGCCCUCAGAUUCUAUUUCAAAAUGCUCAACUGGAAGCUAACCUCAAACCGAAACACUUUCCGAGAAGCCGAGAUCUUAGAGCAAGAAUGGGGCUUGUCCAACGAAAUAGGCAGGCAGCUGGAGGGCGGCGAUGUCGAGGUUGCUGAACAGUUCAGUUCCCUGACUGCUAAAUCUCUGGCACGAUUGACCAGUUCCUUUGAACGAGAGCUACGACCAAAGCCUGAUGAGUCGUCACUAGAAAUGGAAAAGCGCUACAAGACUAUCCUUGACUCCGUCCGAGUCCGCCAACGAAAAAUGUUCAGAUUCUCGAGACUGCUCAGACAGAGGUUCGAGAACUCGACCGAGUACAACCUUGGCAUGAAUUCUGAACAGCUAAUGGACUUCUCUCAAAACCUUGCCAUUACUGGUCAUUUCUUGGUCUCCUCUGAGGCAGCCACACCGAGAGAGAUGUAUUAUGUUGCCUCGCCCUCUCUUUGGAACCGUCCAGCUGAGGUCAAGUCUAUCCUCGGAACAUCUUUUCACGCAGAAGAUGAGCCAGAAGACCCCUCGGAUCCUUACAUUCUGAUCAUUCAUCCAGAAGACGCUAUUAUCUGGGAAGGUCCAACCAUGGAAAUCGAGCUUCGUGAUCUACCCACACACGUUCCAGCAGGACGACUGCGACUUGUGGCGGAUGGCAGCACGGGCCGACUGCAAGCCGCCAGAAUGCAGUUCGCUGCAGCUAUCGGCCAAGAUCUGGAUAUCGUCAUCGAGCAACGUGCCAACCUGACGCGCGUUAAUACCGAGCUAGGGAAGAUUAAAAAGACAACCUUUAAGCUCUCCAACACUAUCAUGGAGAGUGUCCAAGUCGUUCGUUCUCAAAGCGGUAGGAAGGCCAGUCCAGAGCUCAUCCAAUCGUGCUUCGCUUUCGCUACCGAAUUCGGGAAAAGAUCGUUAGCCUAUAUGGACCACAAUCGACGGCUUAUGAACAAUGCCAAAUUGACGAGGUUGAGUCUCGACUGGGUAAGCUUUAUUUGUGACGACUGCGAUGCUGCAGACAGGAGAACAUUCAAAUGGGCUGUCGCUGCGCUUGAAUUUGCUAUGGCCAUGACGAGAGGAAGAAAUGUCUUAGAUGUCACAGAAGAAGAAUACACUCAACUGCGGAACAAAGUAGGUGGUUGCAUGUCUGUUCUCAUCUCGCAUUUCGAUAUCAUGGGUGCUCGAUCCACCCUCGCAGCACAACAAGAACGAUCCCGCAUCGAAGCCAUAGGUGGCGGAGCAGGUAGAAGAAUAGAUGUCAGCAAGAUGAGAAACGACGAAGAGUGCCGCAUACAAGUUACAGAGCAAAGAUUAUCCGCCUUAGAAACGUGCGACAGCCGCAGAAGUGAGGACGAAAAUAGUGUUCGUGCAAAUCUUGGUCGCGUCUUGGAGGGAAGCAACGAAGCUGAUCGGUCCCUGACCUUCUUAUCUUCAUCGGCAACAAACAUCACGAUGCGCUGGCAGCAAGGUCAAUAUGUUGGAGGUGGCACUUUUGGCUCCGUGUACGAAGCCAUCAACCUCGACACCGGCACAUUGAUGGCUGUGAAGGAGAUCCGACUACAAGACCCCCAGCUAAUACCUACCAUCGUCAAACAGAUUGGAGACGAGAUGGGUGUCCUGGCAGUGCUCGACCACCCAAAUAUUGUUCAGUAUUAUGGUAUUGAGGUACACAGGGACAAGGUAUACAUCUUCAUGGAGUAUUGCCAGGGCGGGUCCAUGGCAAGUCUGCUCGAACAUGGUCGCAUCGAAGACGAGAUGGUCACCAUGGUCUAUGCUCUACAAAUGCUGGAAGGUCUUGCCUAUCUGCACAACGCAAAUAUUGUGCAUCGUGACAUCAAGCCAGAAAAUAUCCUGCUUGAUCAUAAUGGUCUUAUCAAAUAUGUUGAUUUCGGAGCAGCCAAGAUUAUCGCCAGGCAAGGCCAAACCAUUGUGCAGCCGGAACCAAGAGGUAAUCAAAAGGAAGGUGCUGCUCGUGCACAACAAGGCACAAUAACUGGCACUCCCAUGUACAUGUCGCCAGAAGUCAUUCGAGGAGAAUCUGCUCAACGCUUUACUGGCGCUGCAGAUAUUUGGUCACUUGGAUGUGUAUUACUCGAGAUGGCAACAGGACGUCGACCAUGGUCGACGCUCGAUAACGAGUGGGCCAUUAUGUACAAUAUCGCAAACGGAAAUCCACCACAAAUGCCAACUGCUGACCAGCUCAGCGCUAUGGGUAUAGAUUUCUUGAGGAAGUGUUUCGAACGCGACCCACAACGCAGAAGCACAGCGGCAGAAUUGCUGCAACAUCCGUGGAUCACAGAGAUCAAACGUAUGGCUGGUGUUGAGGAACCUGAAACACCUUCUUCGAGCUCUAGCGGCGGAAUGUCGCUACCGCCGUCACGUCAGAAUUCGGCUCCUCUACUCAGAUAG